AUGGAGCCGGAAGAUCUACCUUCGCCCGGCGAGCUGGAGGAGGAGGAGGACAAGGAGGAGGAGGAGGAGGAGGCGGAGGUGGAGAAGCAGGCGGCGGAGGAGCCCCGGGACUCUGAGGAGACCGUGAAUGUGGAGGAAGAGGCGGGGCCGGAGUCGGACUCUGACUUCCAGGACGAGUUCCAGGAGCUGGAGAGUACCGACGAGGAGGAGGACGACGAGGCUAAGGCCUGGCUUCAGGCGUACCCCGGCAGGGCUUUCCCGCUGCCGCCGCCCCCCAGGCACCUGUACGCGGCCGAGCGGCCCGCGUCCCCGGAGAGAACAGAAUCUUGGCAUUGCCUUCUUCAAGAAAGGGACUCUUUCCAAACUGUGGAUAUAUCUCAGACCAGGAUUAUUGCAAGAGCAGAAGUAACUGAAGUGACAGAUUUUCCCUCUCUGGAGGAAGAUAAAUUGACCCAAUCAGGUCAAGUAAAGGAACCGAACAGUGAUCUCUUAUGUUCUUCAUUGCUAGUCAUACAGGAUGACUUUGCUUCUCCUGCUUUGCCUUUGCUGACGUGUUUGACACAAGACCAGGAGUUUGGGCCUGAUUCCUUAUUUCACCAAAGUGAACUAGAUUUUGCACCUUUGAGAGGAAUUCCUGAUAAGUCCGAAGACAGUGAAUGGUUUUCUCGUCCAUCAGAAGUUAGUGAAGCUUUAUUCCAGGCUACCUCAGAAGCAUCUUCAGACCUGGUUAACAGUUGCUUUAGUAUCUCUCAGCACCCACUCACAGAGGGCCCUCAGGGGAAGGCCGAGUCUGACAUCAUUACUCUGGAUGGAGAUACUGAAUAUAGUAGCCUAGAUGAAAAUGCUGCUAUGUGCAGUGAAAGAGUCACUGAAUCACAAAGACAGACAUUUGGCCAGUGUGACCUAAGUGGUGGAUAUGUUGAACUAGCAGAUAUAGAGACAUUGCUUGAUGAUCUUUGUGACAGCUCCCUGUUUUGGCAAACUACUUCACAAGUAUUGUCUGAGAAAGACAGCAAUUUUGGAAAGCCUAGAGGUAAUUUGGGCAGUAACCAGCCUUUUUCAUCUACAUUUCCUCCUUGUAUUCCUCAUGAGCCAACCAGUGAGUCAGAAUGUCAUUCGUCAAAUCUAAGAAUGCUGAGGGUAUCUCCUGACACUGUGCCAAAGAGUCUGGAACAUUUAGCAGGAGACACCUGUAAUGGAGACAUAGUUGAAAGUAUUCAAUCUAAGUUGAAAUCAAGCAUCAUUGGAGAUUCAGACAUUGAAACUCAUUCAUGUCUAUCCAUUGAAGACUUACCUAAUCUGGAUGUAAGUUUUCCUAAAGAGAAUAUUGUUGGUCUACACACUGAUAAUGUUAAUCAGAAGGCAUUGACAGAUAGUCAUCUAACUAAAGAAAGGCUGAAAGUCUCAAAUAUUACUGAACCAUCUGACCAGAAUACUGGAACAUCAACUACAAUCUUUACUCCCUAUUCACAAAGAAAGAAGUCCAAUAUUUUAUACCAGGAGGGCUUGCCAGAUGAUAAUAAAAUUGAUCAGGCAAGAACAGUUUCAAUAGUCUCUGGACCAACUGACCAAAAGAGUGAUGUUCCCAUAUUAACUUCUGCUUCCUACUCACAAAGAGAGAAACCGGAUAUUUCCUACUGGCAGCACCUCUCAGGUAGUCAUUUACCUGAGGAGGUUUUGAAAAUCUCAGAGUACUCUGACCCAGAAGCCCAGAAAACAAGAGCACAAAGAGCAUCUGCUACUUCCUAUUCACAACCACAGAGACCCACUGUUUAUUACCCACAGGCCCUGCCAUAUAGUGCAGUUGCAGGUCACACUGUUGAACCAGGGGACCAGAAGACAGGGGCUCCAGCGACACCUUCUGCAUCAUAUUCACAGAGACAGAGGCCUAGUGUUUAUUUCCAGCAACCUCUUACAGAUGGUCCUUUACCUGAAGAGACCUUGAAAGUUUCAGAUGAACCAAUAGACCAGACGACAGGGACACCAAGAGCAUCUUCUGCUAACAUCUCACAAAGACAGAGACCUAGUGUUCAUUACUCACAGAUCCUGCCAGGUGGUCCUCUACCUCAAGAGACUUUGAAAACUUUAGAUGACUAUGAACCAGUAGACCAGAAGACAGUGGCACCAACAGCAUCCACAGCUUCCUAUUCACAAAAGCAGAGACCUAGUGUUCAUUACUCACAGAUCCUGCCAGGUGGUCCUCUACCUCAAGAGACUUUGAAAGCUUUAGAGGACUAUGAACCAGUAGACCAGAAGACAGUGGCACCAACAGCAUCUACAGCUUCCUAUUCACAAAGACAGAGACCUAGUGUUCAUUACUCACAGAUCCUGCCAGGUGGUCCUCUACCUCAAGAGACUUUGAAAACUUUAGAUGACUAUGAACCAGUAGACCAGAAGACAGUGGCACCAACAGCAUCCACAGCUUCCUAUUCACAAAAGCAGAGACCUAGUGUUCAUUACUCACAGAUCCUGCCAGGUGGUCCUCUACCUCAAGAGACUUUGAAAACUUUAGAGGACUAUGAACCAGUAGACCAGAAGACAGUGGCACCAAUAGCAUCUACAGCUUCCUAUUCACAAAGACAGAGGCCUAGUGUUCAUUACUCACAGAUCCUGCCAGGUAGUCGUCUACCUGAAGAGACUUUGAAAGUUUUAGAGGACUAUGAACCAGUAGACCAGAAGACAGUGGCACCAGCAGCCUCUACAGCUUCCUAUUCACAAAGACAGAGACCUAGUGUUCAUUACUCACAGAUCCUGCCAGGUGGUCCUCUACCUGAAGAGACUUUGAAAGCUUUAGAUGACUAUGAACCAGUAGACCAGAAGAUCAUGGUACCAACAGCCUCUACAGCUUCCUAUUCACAAAAGCAGAGACCUAGUGUUCAUUACUCACAGAUCCUGCCAGGUGGUCCUCUACCUCAAGAGACUUUGAAAACUUUAGAGGACUAUGAGCCAGUAGACCAGAAGACAGUGGCACCAACAGCAUCCACAGCUUCCUAUUCACAAAGACAGAGACCUAGUGUUCAUUUCUCACAGAUCCUGCCAGGUGGUCCUCUACCUCAAGAGACUUUGAAAGCUUUAGAUGACUAUGAACCAGUAGACCAGAAGACUGUGGCACCAACAGCAUCUACAGCUUCCUAUUCACAAAAACAGAGGGCUAGUGCUUAUUCCUCCCAGGCUCUGUCAGAUGGUGCACUACCUGAAGAGACUUUGAAAGUUUCAGAUGAACCAAUAGACCACAAGACAGGGACACCAGAAGCACCCUCUGCUUCCUAUUCACAAACACAGAGGCCUAUUGUUUAUUACCAACAGCCUCUCAUAGGUGGUCCUUUACCUGAAGAGACUUUGAAAGUUUCAGAUGAACCAGUAGACCAGAUGACAGGGACACCAAGAACAUCAUCUGCUUCUAUCUCACAACGACAGAGACCUAGUGUUCAUUACGUACAGAUCUUGCUAGGUGGUGCUGUCCCUGAAGAAAUUUCGAAAGCAUCAGAUGACUAUGAACCAGUAGACCAGAAAACAAUGACACCAACAGCAUCUACAGCUUCCUAUUUACAAAGACAGAGGCCUAGUGUUUAUUCCCUCAAGGCUCUGCCGGAUGGUGCUCUACCUGAAGAAGCUUUGAAAUUUUCAGAUGAACCAGUAGACCAGAAGACCGUAACACCAAAAUUUUUAUCCGAUUCCUACUCACAAAGACAAAGGCCUAAUAUUUAUUACCAACAGAGUCUGUCAGGAGGUCUGCUAUCUGAAGAGGCUUUGAAAGCUUUAGAUAAGCCAGUAGACCAGAUGACAGUGAUGCCAACAACAUCUGUAGCUUCCUAUUUACAAAGACAGAGGCCUAGUGUUCAUAACCCACAGGCACUGCCUGGAGGUCUUCUACCAGAAGGACCUUUGAAAGCAUCAGAUGACUAUGAACCAGUAGACCUGAAUACAGGGACACUAACAGCCCCUGCCACUUCCUAUUCACAAAGACAGAGGGCUAGUGCUUAUUACCCACAAUCUCUACCAGGUGGUUUUUUACCAGAAGAAGUUUUGAAAGCCUUAGAUGAACCAGUAGACCAGAAGACGAUGACACCAAGAGCAUUCCCUGCUUCCUUUUCACAAAAACAGAGCACUAAUGUUUAUUACCCACAGGCUCUGCCAGGUGGUGGUCUGCUUGAAGAUGCUUUGCAAGGUUUAUAUGAACCAGUAGAACAUAAGACAGUGACACCAAAAGUCUCUGCUGCUUCCUAUUUACAAAGACCAAGGCCUGUUGUUUCCUACCCACAAGUUCUGCUAGGUGGUCCUCUACCUGAAGAAGCUUUGACAGCUUUAGAUGAACCAGUAGAGCACAGGACAGGAACACCAAGAGUAUCCUCUGCUUCCAUCUUACAAAGACAGAGACCUGGUGUUCAUUACCCACAGAUUCUGCUAGGGAGUUCUCUAUCUGAAGGGAUUUUGAAAGCAUCAGAUGGCUAUGAACCAGUAGGCCUUCAGAAGACAAUGACACCAACAGCAUCUGCAGCUUCACAAAGACAGGGGCCUAGUGUGUAUACUCCUCAGGCUCCACCAGGCAGUCUUCCACCGGAAGAGGCUUUGAAAGUUUCAGAUGAACCAACAGACCAGAAGAUAGUGACACCAAGAGCAUUCUCUGCUUCCAUCUCACAAACACAGAGGCCUGGAGUUUAUUCUCCACAAGGUGUACCAGGUGGUCCUCUACCUGAAGAAGCUUUGAAAGCUUUAGAUGAACCAAUAGACCAGGGGACAAUGAUACCAACAGCUUCUACUGCUUCCUACAUACAAAAACAGAAGCCAAGUGUUUAUACCCCCCAAGCCCUCCCAGGUGGUCUUCCUAAAGAAGAUUUGAAAGUUUCAGAUGAACCAAUAGCCCAGAAGACAGGGGCACCAACAUUACCCUCUGCUUCCUAUUCACAAAGACAAAGGCCUAGUGCUUAUUACCCACUGGCUCUGGCAGGUGGUUCUCCACCUGAAGGGGCUUUGAAAGCUUCAGAUGACUAUAACCCAGUAGAGCAAAAAACAGUAACACCAACAAUGCCGGAUAUUUCCUAUUUUCAGAGACAGAGGUCUAGUCUUUAUUACCCAGAGGCCCUGGCAGGUAGUCCUUUACCAGACAAGGGUUUGAAUGUUUCAAAUGAAUAUGAAUUAGUAGACUCAGUGGCUGGUACAGGAAGAUUAUCCUCUGCUUCCUAUUCACAAAGACAGAGGCCUAGUAUUUAUUUUCAACAGGCCCUGUCAGGUGGUCCUGUAUCUCAGGAGGCUUUAAAAAUUUCAAAUGACCAUGACCUAGUAGACCAGAAGACAGCAGCACUAACAUCAUCCUCUGCUUUUUCUUCUCAAAGCCAGAGGCCUAGUAUUUAUUAUCAACAGGCUCUGCCAGGUGGUCCUCUACCUGAGAAGGCUUUGAAAAUUUCAUAUGAACCAAUAGACCAGAAGACAGAGACUCAAAGAAUGUCUUCUGUUUCCCAUCCACAAAAGAGACCUACUAUUUCUUCCCAAGAUGCCCUGUUAGGUGGUGCUAUACCUCAAGAGCCUUGGGAAGUUUCAGAUAACUAUGAAGUCGAACUGAAUACAGGGAUACCGACAGUAUCCACUGCUUUAUAUUCACAAAGACAGAGGCCUACUGUUUAUUACCAACCCGCCGUACCAAGUGGUCUACCUGAAGAAGCUUUGAUAGUUUCGAAAGACUAUGGACCAGUAGACCAGAAGACAGCAACAUCAAGAACAUCCUCUGCUUCAUUUUCACAAAGACAGAGACCUGGUGUUUAUUAUCCACAAGCUCUGUCAGAUGGUCCUCUCCUUGAAGAGGCUUUGAAAGUUUUAGGUGACUCUGAGCCAGUAGACCAGAAGACAAGAAUACCAACACCAUCCUCACAAAAUCAGAGGCCAAGUGUUUAUCAACAACAUGUCCUGCCAGGUGGUAUUUUAUAUCAAGAGGCUUUGAAAGUUUCAGAUGAACCACUUGACCAGGAGCCAGGAACACCAAUAUCAUACUCUGAAUCCUCUUCUCAAAGACAGAGACCUGGUGUUUAUUUACAACAGCCUCUUCCACAUGGUCCUCUACCUGAAAAUGCUUUGAAAGUUUCUGAUGACUAUGAACUUCUAGAACAGAAAUCAGGAACACCAACAAUAGCCUAUGUUUCAUCUUCACAAAGGCAGAUACCUAAUACUCAUUACCAACAGGCCUUUCCAGGUAGUCAUUUGUUUGAAGAAUCUCUGAAAGCUUCAGUUCCUCCUGAACCAGCUGACCAGAAGACUGGUACAUCAGCCACAUCAUCAAGUUCCUACCCAUCUGGAAAGGAGUCCACUACUUUUUACCACCAAGCCUUGCCAAGCAGUCAUUUACCUGAAGAAUCCCCAAAAGUUUCAACUUCUCCUCUGUCAGCUGACCAGAAGACUGGGACACCAACAAUAUCUUCACAUUCCUACCCAUUUGUAGAAAAGUCCAUUAUUUUCUAUCAAAAUGAUUUUCCAAAUAGCCCUCUAACUACAGAGACUCUGAAUGUGUCAGCUAUUUCUGGACCAGCUGAGCAGAAGACAAGUCCAACAUCAGAACCUUCAUGUUCCUACUCAUUUGGAGAAAAGGCCAUUAUUUUCUAUCAACAGGCCUUGCCAGGUGUUCAGCUAACUAAUGAGAGUGUGAAAGUUUCAGUUAUUCCUGGACCUAUUGCCCAAAAGACAGAGAUACCUACUGUUAAUUCUUCUUCAUACCCAGAUGAAGAGAAGACUAUUGUUUCUUACCAACAGGUGUUGCCAGAUAGUCAUCUAACUGAAAACACUGUGAAUGUUUCAGUUGUUCCUGGACCAACUGACCAGAAGAGUGAAAUACCAACAGUAUCCUCUACUUCCUACUCACAUAGAGAGAAACUUAGUGUUUCUUACCAGCAAGAGGCUCCAGAUCUUAGUGAAAAAGCUUUGAAAGUUCUUGGACCUGCUAAACAGAAAACUGGAAUACAAACAGUGUCCUCUAUCUCCUAUGCAUGGGAAGAAAAGCCUACCGUCACUUACCAGCAGGAGUUACCAGGUCUUACUGAAGGAGCUUUGAAAACAGUAGGAGUUGUUCCUGGACCCACUGACCAGAAGGAUAGGAUACAAAUAGUGUCCCCUAGCUCUUACUCAGGUUUUCCUCAGCAGGAGUUACCAAAUAUUAAUGAAAAAGCUUUAGGUACUUUUGUUCUUCCUAGACCAGUUGUCCACAAGGUUGGAACACCAACAGAGCCUUUAAGUUACUACUCACAGCGAGAGGAGAGUGCAUUCACUCAGCAAGAGUCGCCAGUCAUUGAUCUUACUGACGAGGUUCAGAAAGUUUCAGCUGCUUCUUUACUCACAGUACAAAAGACUGGGACACAAACAGAGCCUUCCAGUUCUUACUUCCAUACAGAGAAACUCAAUGAUUUUUAUCCACAGACCUUGCCAGAUAAUAACCUAACUGAGGACUCUCUGAAGGCUUUAGCUGUUCCUGGACUAUCUGACCAGAAUAGGAGACCUAUAGUACCACCUAGUUCCUACUCAUAUGAAGAGAAACUCAAGAUUUCAACUGUGAAUCUGCCAGAUAUUCAGAAGACUGAGUUACCAACAAGUACCCUUAGUAACUACUCACAGAGGGAAAAGUCCACAGUUUCAACUAAGUUAGAACCAGAUGACCAGAAGACUCUAUUACCAACAGUUUUUCAUGGUUCCUGUCCUAAAAGAGAAACACCUGGUGCUUUCCUUCAACAGCAGUUGCCAUAUAGAGAUCAAAGUGAAGACAUUCUAAAGAUUUCAACUGUCCCUGAACCAACUGAUACAAGUACUGGGAUACCAGUACUUCUCUCUGGCUCUUAUUCACCCAGAGAGGAAUAUAAUUCUUUUUGUCCACAGGAAUUGCCAGAUAGACAUCUAACUGAAGGUGUGCUGAAAGUUACAAUAAUUCCUGAGCCAGCCGAUAAAAAAACGGUAUUAGUAACAGCUCUUCCUAGUUCCUUUUCACAUAGAGGGAAACGGAGUAUUUCAUAUCAAAAUGAUUUGACAAAUAGACAUCUAACUGAAGAUGCUCUAAAGGUCUCAAGUGGUCUUGGACAAACUGAUCAAAUUGCUGGGUCACCAACGGUUUCUCCUGGUGCUUAUUCCCAUGGUGACAAGCACAAGCUUGUCUCAGAACAUGUUCAAAGGCUGAUAGAUGAUUUGAAUUCUCCUGACUCUUACGUCAGUUCAAACAGUAUGCCUUUAAAUUCUCAAGUUGAUGAUGCAGAUGUAAUAAAUAAGCCAGAAUCUUCUGUUUUAGGAGAUGCUGGCUGUGAGGAAAUCCAGGAUACAGAUCAUAGUUCCAAAACUCUUAAAGAAAUUCGAAGUCUUUUAAUGGAGGCAGAAAAUAUAGCUCUGAAACGAUGCAAUUUUCCUGCUACUUUGGUCCCUUUCAGAGAUGUUAAUGAUGUUCCAUGUGUACAAUCUAAUAAGGUGGUUUGCUUCAAAGAGCCCUCCACAAGUGAUGUUUCCCAUGAUAUUCAUCAGAGAGAGCCUAUUACCGAUGAAAGCCCACGUGUUGACUGCAUACAGAAGGAUAUCGGCACACAGACAAAUUUGAAAUGCCAGCAAGGCAUUGAAAACUGGGAGUUUUUCAGUUCAACUACAAUUAGAAGUCCUCUACCAGAAGCAGGAAGCAUGGCAAGAACAACAUUAGAUGAAACUUUUAGGCACUAUCAAGCUGCCAAAUCUGUAAUGAGGUCUGAACCUGAAGGUUGUUGUUCAACUAUUGGGAAUAAAAUUAUUAUUCCUAUGAUGACUAUCAUAAAAAGUGAUUCAAGUAGUGAUGUAAGUGAUGGUUGCUGCUCAUGGGACAGUAAUUUACCAGAGACGUUGGAAUCAGUUUCUGAUGUUCUUUUAAACUUCUUUCCACAUACUCCAUUCAAGACAAGCAUAGCAGAUAGCAGAGACGAGGAGGGAUUGUCAGAGAGUGAGGAUGGCUGUGGUAGUGUUGAUUCACUCGCCACACACGUGAAGCAUCUUCUGCAGUGUGAGUCGUCACUGAAUCAUGCCAGACAAAUACUUAAAAAUGCAGAGGAAGAAGAGUGUCGAGUCCGAGCACGAGCCUGGAAUAUGAAGUUUAAUUUAGGACAUGAAUGUGGAUACUCCAUUUCAGAAUUAAAUGAAGAUGACAGGAGGAAAGUAGAAGAGAUCAAGGCAAAGUUGUUUGGUCAUGGGAGAGCAACUCACGUGUCUGAGGGUUUACAGAGUCCAUGGGGAAUAGGAUGCAAGCCUGAAGCUGUAUGUAGUCACAUUAUUAUUGAGAGCCAUGAGAAAGGAUGUUUCAGGACUCUAAAUGUUGAACAACCACAACUGGACAGCCACUCGUGUGCUUUCAAAUCUGCUGGCCUUUCAGAAGUGAUUCAAGGACGACAGAGCCCAUCUUCUUGGAGAGCUGGACACAACCUCUCCAAAUCACUAGAUCAGAACAACCAUCACUUCAAAGUUGGGAAUUCUUUGCAGUUACAAAGCCAUUCUCCAUUUCAACAACUUACACCUGAUGACUUCAAAGUUAGCAAGGAUGUUGAAAUGCCGCCGUUCCACGCAAACACAAACACAGACUCUUGGUUGUCAGAAUUAGCAGAACCUACCUGUGUGCCACCUAAAGGAAUGGAUUUUCCUUCAACAUCACAAACACCACCCCCAGAACCUAUGAAACAGUUUACCACCUCCAUCACUUUUUCUUCUCACCGACAUUCUAAAUGUAUUUCAGAUACCUCUGUUUUCAAGGUUGGUGUUACUGAAGGUAGCCAGUAUACUGGAACAUCUGUAGGUAUCUUUAAUUCUCAUGUCACUGAAGAGCAAAAUUCUCCUAGAGAUCUUAAAAAGAAAACCUUUUCCCCUUCAUCACUUAAAAGGCAUAGUCAUAUACCAGGUAAAGAAGUGGCUAUUUUAGUACAUAGUAGGCAAAACUCAAAAUUACCUGCUGGUUUUGAGCAUUCUCAUCAAGAAGAAAAACUUUUAGAAAGAUCAAAUCUUAAAGGCAAUCAUUCUGAGCACAUUACCAGUACAAAUUAUAGCAAUUCUAAAGGAGUUCAAUUUUCUGAUAACCAUACCCUCAUUAGCAUGGGAAAGCCAAGUUCUACACUAGAAGUAAAAGAGAAGAAUGUAAUUAUAACUCCUGAUCUUCCUUCUUGCAUUUUUCUUGAACAACGAGAACUCUUUGAAAAAAGCCAAGCCCUAUAUACAGAUCACCAUAUGAGAAAACACCAUUCUCCUCCUUGUCCAGACAUUCCUUCUUGUAUUUUUCUUGGACAGCAACAACUCAUUGAACAAAGCAAAGCCCCACAUUUAGAUCAUGAGAUGAGAGAAAGUCAUUCUUUCUUUUCUCAAAGUCAGGAAAAUAUAAUUUUAGAUCUUCCUUCUCCCAUUUUUCUUGAAGAGCAUCAGUGCAGAUCCCCAGAUGUAGAUGACCACAUGACAAAACAGCAUGUCCCUCUUUCUCAAGGUCAGGAUUGUGUAGUAGAAAAGAUUGAAUAUACAACUAAAUCACACAUUUGUAAGGGGAUAAAUGCUGAAACUGAGUUCAGUAAUGUGGUCUCCCAAUCACCCCCUAACCACUGUACGUUAGUGACGUCUGAAUGUACUCCACCUUCAAAUAGAAAAGCACUUUCAUGUGUUCGAAUAACUCUUUGUCCCAAGACUCCUUCCAAGUUGGAUAGUGGAAUCCUAAAUGAAAGAUUUCAUUCAUUGGAUCCUGCUUCUAAAACAAGAAUUAAUAGUGAGCUUAACUCUGACUUACAAACUAUAUCUUCGAGAUCAUUGGAACCAGCCUCCAAAUUAUUGACCAGUAAACCUAUAGCACAGAAUACAGAAUCUUUAGAUUUUCUAGGACCUAAAUCUCUACCGGACUUGCAAGUAAUACGGUCUCCUCUUCCAGAUAGUAAGACCAUUACUAAGGAUUUGAAAACCAUACCUACUCAGGAUAGCCAGAUAGUAACCUCAAAGCAAACACAAGUGAACAUUUCAGAUUUGGAAGGAUAUUCCAAACCAGAGGGAACUUCAGUAUCUGCAGAUGGUUCACCAGGACAGAGUAAUAUCCCCUUUUCUGCAUCCUCUGGGAAGUUAUCAUCUGAUGCAGUCACUCAGAUAACAACAGAAAGUCCAGAGAAGACCAUGUUUUUAUCUGAAAUUUUCAUUAAUACUGAUGAUAAUGGACAUGAAGGUGUAGACCUCAGUACCCAAAAGACACACAAAGUUCCUGUCAAGGUUGCUUCAUCACCUUCAGUGCAGCAGGUCACUACCGGUAGUGGUCCAGAUGCCCAGCCUGUGCUGUUGCCGUAUAAGCCAUCUGGUAGUUCGAAGAUGUACUAUGUUCCACAAUUACAAGCAGUCCCUUCAGUUCCCGAUUCCAAGUCAGACACUACCAUUGAGAGCUCACAUUCAGGGUCCAAUGAUGCUAUUGCCCCAAAUUUUCCAGCUCAAGUGCUAGGCACAAGGAAUGAUGACCUCCCAGCCACAGUGAACAUUAAACAUAAAGAAGGGAUCUACAGUAAGAGGGCAGUAACCAAGGGUCCCUUGUCAAUGAGGAAAACACUCUCGCAGAAAGAUGAUGCAGGUUCCAGUGGUGCUGUUGCUGUACAAGUACAAGACAGAAUGACUGAAAGUCUGCCAGGCACUAAAACCAUGACACAGAAAGAGGAGAUCCAUAAUAAGAAGACCAUUCCUAAGGAAGUCUGUCCAGAAGAGAAAGAAGCCUUAGACUUAGAUCUUUCUGAGUCAGAAUGCCAUUCAGAAUUUGAAAAUACAACUCAUUCUGUCUUCAGAUCAGCCAAGUUUUACUUUCAUCGUCCAGUGCAUCCACCAAAUGAUCAAGACUUUUGCCAUGAAUCUUUGGGAAGAAGUGUUUUCAUGAGGCAUUCUUGGAAAGAUUUCUUUCAUCAUCAUUCAGAUACACAUAGAGAACAUAUCUGUCUUUCCCCUCCUUAUCCACUUGUGGACAAGACUAUGGUGGAUUAUACCAGAAUAAAGAGCCUCAGCAUAGAUGUGAAUGUGGAAGACAAUAAAAUGAUGCACACUAAAAGUCAGGCCAGAGAUCCAAAAAAUAAAAGGCAAAUUAAUGAUUCAAAAAGGGACCAGAAGGUCACCCCAGAAGUAACAACUCAGCACACUGUUAGUUUGAACGAACUCUGGAGCAAGUACCAGGAGCGACAGAAGCAACAGAAACCACCUGAUGUCUGUGAUAGGAAAGAACUGUCUUUGGUGGAAAGACUUGAUCGUUUGGCUAAACUGCUUCAGAACCCCAUCACACAUUCACUGCAGGCCUCAGAGAGAGACAAUAGCAGAGGGAGGCAAAAUGUUAAGGGAUGGAGUUAUGGUAAACAGCAGAAAAGCAAGCUGCAGAAGCAGUGCAAAAGCCUAGAGAGGGGCCAUGAAGGUGAUUUUAGGAAAGGCAAGGUACUUUCUCAUCAACCUGGGAGGUCCAAUCAGAUUAAGAUUGAACAAAUUAAAUUUGAUAAAUAUAUUUUGAGCAAACAGCCAAAUUUUAAUUACAUCAGCAACACCACUUCAGAUUCUAGACCCUCAGAGGAAAGUGAUCUGCUCACAGAUAGUCCCACCUACGUUCUUUCUAGCACCACUUCUCCUGUGGACUCAGAUAUAUUGACUCAAACUGAUAAAGACGUGACUUUGCAUGAAAGAAGUAGCUCCAUUUCCACCAUUGACACUGCCCGGUUGAUCCAUGCUUUUGGUCAUGAAAGACUAUGUUUGUCACCAAGGCGAAUUAAAUUAUAUAGUAGCAUCACCAACCAACAGAAGAGAUACCUUGAGAAGCGGUGCAAGCACAACAAGAAAUCACUGAGUAUAGGCCAUCCCCAAAUGACUUCUGAGCACACCAAAAGGAGGCACAUCCAGGUGGCAAACAGUAUGAUUUCUUCUGACUGUGUCUCAUCUAGCAGUAGUGUCUUGAGCUUGAACUCUGCUCUUUAUAAUGAACAAAAUGUACACAUGUUAAACAAAGGAGUCCAAGCAGGUAACUUGGAGAUUGUGACUGGUGCCAAAAAACAUACCCGGGAUGUUGGGGUAACUUUCCCAACUCCAAGUUCUAGUGAGGCCAGAUUAGAAGAGGACAGUGAUAUGACUUCUUGGUCAGAAGAAAUUGUUGAAGAAAAAAUGUUCUUGGCUAAUAAUCCUGGAGAGAAAAAGCUAAGGAAAAACAAGAAUUCCUGUGAAGGAGUCUCAUGGUUUGUGCCUGUGGGGAACAUGAAGUCUGGAUCUCAGAAAGAAAACUUGCCCAAGAGUUAUGGCCCUGGUGUCUCCUGGUUUGAACCAGUAACCAAAACUAAACCCUGGAGGGAGCCACUGCGAGAACAGAACUUACAGGGACGGCACAUGGACUGUCAGGAGUCUUUAGGAGGCCCAGGUGGAGAUGAUGGCCAAGGGCCACUGAAACCAUUUGUGAGAGCAACUCUACAGGAAGCACUUCAGCUUCACAGACCCGACUUCAUCUCUCGCUCUGGGGAGCGGAUAAAACGUCUGAAGUUAAUUGUCAAGGAAAGAAAACUCCAGAACAUGUUCCAGUGUGAGCGGAAUGCACUGUUCAAUGCCCCACACCCUCUGUCAAGGAGAAUCUUUCUGGCUGUCCAAAAGAGCAAGCCUAUUGGAAAGAAGGAAAUGAUUCAGAGGUCCAAACGGAUUUAUGAGCAGCUUCCAGAAGUGAAGAAAAAGAGAGAAGAGGAGAAGAGAAAAUCAGAAUAUAAAACCUACCGGCUGCGAGCUCAGCUCUAUAAAACGAAAGUGACCAAUCAACUGUUGGGGAGGAAAGUUCCCUGGGACUGAUUUAAGAUUAUUUUCCUCAGAGCCUUGGAAUUAUUUUUCAUGAACGUGAAGAAGCAUAUAUAAUGGGCCUAAUUUAAUAAAGCUUCCUCUUUGUC